UAGGCAAACGGGACGCGAGGCGCACGGGCGCAGUCCUCCGGCGUCCGCAUUUCGCCGGUGGUUCGCUUCCCGCGUCAGACAGGCAGUCGGGUGCCGGCUUCCUUUCUUUGGGUGGUCGUGCUUGAGCACUAAGCUCAGCUGCUGGGGAAAGCCCCUGGGCAAAUAACACCGCUGGAUAAGGACAGCAAGUCCAAGGAAAGUCACCUUCGCCUCCCCCUGCGCUCCUGCUUAUCAUGAUUGUUAGAUAACACCCUUCACCACAAUGACCAUGGCUCUGAGGAAAAGGAAUCGUCAUGCUUUGGGGUUUCUUUGCUGCUUUGGGGGCAGUGAUCUUCCUGAAAUUAACCUUAAGGAUAACAAUCCCCUGCAGUUCUUGGAAUUCUCUGUGCCAAUUCCACCAGCAGAAGAACUCAAUGCAAGAUUCUCUGAGCUUGUGGAUGAAUUGGAUCUCACUGAUAAGAACAGAGAGGCAAUGUUUGCUCUCCCUCCAGAGAAGAAAUGGCAGAUUUACUGCAGCAAGAAGAAGGAACAAGAAGAUCCUAAUAAACUUGCUACAAGCUGGCCAGACUAUUACAUAGACCGUAUCAAUUCCAUGGCUGCUAUGCAGACCCUGUAUGCUUUUGAUGAAGAAGAAAUGGAAAUGAGGAAUAAAAUAGUUGAAGACUUGAAGACAGCUCUGCGGACACAGCCCAUGAGAUUUGUGACCAGGUUUAUUGAACUGGAUGGCCUGACCUGCUUGUUGAACUUUCUCAAGAGUAUGGACUAUGAGACCUCAGAGAGCCGCAUACAUACAUCCGUUAUAGGGUGCAUCAAGGCUCUGAUGAACAACUCCCAGGGACGGGCACAUGUUUUGGCCCAUCCAGAAAGCAUCAAUAUAAUCUCUCAGAGUUUACGGACUGAGAACAUCAAAACCAAGAUUGCUGUGCUGGAGAUCCUUGGGGCAGUUUGUUUAGUGCCAGGAGGUCACAAAAAAGUUCUUCAGGCUAUGCUUCACUACCAGAUCUAUGCUGCAGAGAGGACAAGAUUCCAGUCAUUGCUCAAUGAGCUAGACAGAAGCUUGGGGCGAUAUCGAGAUGAGGUGAAUCUCAAAACUGCUAUCAUGUCCUUUAUUAAUGCUGUUUUGAAUGCUGGUACUGGUGAGGAAAAUUUGGAAUUCCGGUUGCACUUACGAUAUGAAUUCCUAAUGCUGGGUAUCCAGCCUGUUAUUGACAAGCUAAGGGGACAUGAGAAUGCAACACUAGACAGGCACUUAGAUUUCUUUGAGAUGGUGAGAAAUGAAGAUGACCUGGAACUUGCCAAAAGAUUUGAAGUGGUACAUAUUGACACAAAAAGCGCCUCUCAGAUGUUUGAGAUGAUCAAGAAAAGGUUGAAACACACAGAUGCGUAUCCAUAUCUGCUGUCUGUCCUUCAGCACUGCUUGCAAAUGCCUUAUAAACGAAAUGGGGGAAGUUUUCAACAGUGGCAACUAUUAGACAGGAUACUUCAACAAAUUGUUCUUCAGGAUGAGCGAGGUGAUGAUCCAGAUAUGGCUCCUUUGGAGAAUUUCAAUGUCAAGAACAUCAUUAAGAUGUUGGUGAAUGAGAAUGAAGUGAAACAAUGGAGGGAUCAAGCAGAAAAAUUCCGAAAAGAACACACUGAGCUGAUGAGCAAGCUAGAGAAGAAAGAACGGGAAUGUGAUAUAAAGACCCAGGAAAAAGAUGAAAUGAUGAAGACAUUAAAUAAAAUGAAGGACAAGCUGCAGAAAGAAGCCCUGGAACUACGCCAAACCCGGGACCAAAUGACUGACCUUGUAGCUCAGCUCAAUGAGUUCUCGGGUGGCAACAUUUCCUUCCCAUCCCCUCCUCAACUGCCUCCAGGUGGCCCAUUUUCUCUUUCUUCCGAUGUGCCAUCAUCAGAAACUUUGCCUCCUUCUCCACCUCCUCUUCCGUUCUCUAGUCCACCUCCACCAGCUCCACCUCCUCCUCCAGGAGGGCCCCCUCCUCCUCCUGGAGCUCCCCCAUUUUUCAACAUGGGAAUGCCUCCAGUUUCCACAACCACACUCAGCACCAGUGGUACAAAUCUGAAGAAGAAAUUCGUCCCACAGCCAUCUCAUCCGCAUUUGAAAUCCUUCAACUGGGCCAAACUGAGUGAGGAGAAGAUAAAUGGCACAAUCUGGCACGAAAUCGAUGAUUUAAGAGCUUUCAAGAUGUUAGAUCUGGAGGAUUUUGAAAAAAUGUUCUCUGCUUAUCAGAGACACCAGGACCUGCUAACUAACCCUUCCUCCUGUAAGCAGAAGGAAAUGGGAUCAACUGAAGACUUGUACCUGUCCAGUCGAAAAGUCAAAGAGCUUUCUGUAAUUGAUGGCCGGAGGGCUCAAAAUUGUGUCAUCCUGCUUUCUAAGUUGAAACUAUCUAAUGAAGAAAUCCGACAGGCAAUCCUGAAAAUGGAUGAAGAAGAAGAUCUGGCUAAAGAUAUGCUUGAGCAGCUACUGAAGUUUGUUCCAGAGAAGAGUGAUAUUGACCUUCUGGAAGAACAUAAGCAUGAAAUUGACCGCAUGGCUCGGGCAGACCGUUUCCUUUAUGAAAUGAGCAGAAUUGAACACUACCAACAGCGACUCCAAGCCUUAUUCUUUAAGAAGAAGUUCCCAGAGAGGCUUGCAGAAGCCAAGCCAAAAGUGGAAGCGAUUCUUCUGGCCUCCAAAGAGCUCACCCGUAGCAAGCGCCUAAAGCAACUCCUGGAGGUUGUUUUAGCCUUUGGCAAUUACAUGAACAAGGGCCAAAGAGGAAAUGCAUAUGGCUUUAAAGUCUCCAGCCUGAACAAAAUAGCUGAUACCAAAUCUAGCAUAGAUAAGAACAUUACGUUGUUGCACUACUUAAUUAUGAUCUUUGAGAAGAACUACAUAGAUAUCUUGGACAUACAUGCAGAACUGCAACAUCUUCCAGAAGCAGCAAAAGUCAACCUGGUAGAACUGGAGAAGGAAGUUACUAAUAUAAAGACUGGAUUGAAAGCUGUUGAAGCUGAGCUAGAUUACCAGAAGAGACGAAUGCGGGAAGCGGGUGAUAGGUUUGUUCCUGUCAUGAGUGACUUCAUCACAGUAGCCAGUUUUAGCUUUUCAGAGCUAGAAGACCUUUUGAAUGAUGCAAGGGAUAAGUAUGCCAAGGCGCUGAAGCACUUUGGAGAGAAUGAGGGUCGGAUGCAGCCAGAUGAAUUUUUUGGCAUCUUUGACACCUUCCUGCAGUCUUUCACAGAAGCCAAGCAAGAUCUGGAGAAUAUGAGGAAGAAGAAAGAAGAGGAGGAGCGCAGGGCACGCAUGGAAGCAAUGCUCAAAGAACAACGAGAGAAGGAGAGGCGACAAAAGAAAGCAAAGGACAGCAGCAUCUCUGAGGAAGGAGGAGGAGAGUUUGAUGAUCUCGUAUCCGCCUUGAGGUCAGGCGAGGUCUUUGACAAGGACUUAUCGAAGCUCAAGCGUAACCGCAAGCGUUCAGGAAACCAAAGUUUGGAGACAAGCCGGGAACGGGCUGUGACAAAGCUCGGUUAUUAAAGGAGAGCACAAGAGAGGGAUGAAAAACUGCCAUGAAAGAGAACCAUGAAAGAAAGAAGAUCACAGCUAAGAGCCAAACAAGAUGAUAGAGACUAGCUAGUUAUUUCCCCAGGAGAGGAGAUAUGGCUAGCCCAAGACUUUGUUUAAUUUUCCAUUAUGAGCAUCUUGUUCUCUUCCUUAUCCAUCUAAUUGGGAAUGGUUCUAAAAGUGCCUCUAUACAGUCCAAGGGUUUUGUCACAGAGAUGUUGCUUUUGAUGGGUGCAUUUAACUUCUUGACACUUCCCCUGCAAAUUCAAUUAAGCCCUAAAUUGUUGGGUCUUGGGAGCCAAAUAGCAAGAGGGGGAAGAAGAACAGUAUUUACUCUGUGCCAAAUUAUAUACAUAAAAGCCCGCUCUCAGUCUUGCUGAGAAAAUGUAAGACAGUCUCAGGCUGGUUCUGAAACUUCUUGCUCCUUCUUCAUGGUUUGGCUUGGUCAUCUGGAGUUUGUGAUGGAGUGGUUCUACGGUACUGCAGUUUCGUUCUUCCACUGGAUUUACAGAAGGCCAGUGAUCAGAACUGGGCUUAUGAUAUGCAAAGCAAGUGAUACUGUGUCAGAGGAAGUUGAGAGAACUGCUUAGCUUGCAGUUACAUGAACUGUUUGUAAAACCCCUUUCUUUUCUAGAACCAUUUGAGUCUUCAGGGAUUUACUGAGUCUUCAGGGAUGUGCCAAGUUAUGAUAAAAUGAGAAAGAAUGGUCUUUAAGGAAAAGGUACCACAGCUGGUCCAAGCUAGAGCUGUUGUCAUUGCUGAGCAAUGUGAUCCAUGAAUAAUCCCACAUUCAAAGCUGCAUCACUUUGUUAGCACAACAAAAUUGUUCACUGAAUAGGAAUUAAAUGGACAAAUGGAGUUGUCUGAUGGUUGAAAGUGGUAAUCCUUCAUUUAUGGGCAGCCAUAACUUCACUGGGAUGAGUGGGUGAUUUCAUUUAAUGAGCUGGCUAUCUUAAAAGCUCUCAAAUCCCAGCAAGUGCUGCAUAUGGCUAAUGAUAAAUGCAGUUAUCAGUAGGUAGCUUUGAGACAGAAGGAUUUGGUAUGGAGAGAUAGAGAGUGCUAAGAAGAAUAAAACAGGAGAAACAACUAAAGGUGAUUCUUGGAAAGAGCUCUGGCAACCGCAGAUAAUAAUGGAUUAUACACACAAAAUAAUCUAAUGUGCAUGGGAAGAACAGAGAAAAAGCCUUUAUUUUGGAUUUUGUUUCCGUAUGCUCUUGUGGCUAUGCUGCAGUCAAAGUGGACAGUGCAAGAUUUCUUGACUCCUUUUUUUCAUUUCUGUGUGAACAUUAGAUUAUCCUUGCUUUCAAUGGCCAGAGAUAAAAAGAGGGCAAUAAGCCUGGGUGUGAGACACUGAGACAGUCUAAUCAUUUUCUGGCAAAAGAUUGCAUUUAAGAAAGAAGGCAAUCCAUGGGAUUCUGGAGAAUUCAACAGAGGCUCAAAUUGUCACUUUAAGCUCCUACUUUGGUUUGUCUCCAAGUGUUAUUUAAUUUCUAACUUAACCUUGAGUCUGUAGAGUAGCAAAUGCCUAUAUCUCAAGCACUGUCCAAACAGUAUUCUAUGCAAACAAUAGUUAAAAACUAUAAGGGCGGGGAAACUACUGUGGAAACUUGCUGGGUGACUUUAGGCCACACUCUCAGCCUCAAUCCUGUCAAGUAUUUGGAUAGGAGACGUUAGGGUCGUGACAUGGAGGCAGGCAAUGGCAAACCACCUCUGAAUGUCUCUUGCCUUGAAAACCCCACCAGGGGUCACCAUACGUCAGCUGUGACUUGAUGGCAAAAAAGAAAAGAAAAGGUGUGGUAUUCUGGUCACACAACUAAACCAAAUUCUCAGCUCUGGAGAUAAGCAAAAACAAAAUAAUCGGUCUAAACUGUAAUUUCUUUUUUUAUGCUAUGUUUUGAGUCUACCAUCUCUAAAUGUUCCUGUUCAUGACAUUCCACAACACAGUGCUUCUGCUUUAUACUCACGGUGACGAGCUGGUUAUCGUACAAGGGCUGACCACAUUGCUCUCUGCUCCCCAGGUUCCAAUCUUAGAAACCUCAUGAAACACCACAUUUAAAACCUCCAUUUGCAAACAGGCACCUUUUAUAAAAGUUUUUUUUUUAGAUUUGUUUUUUUAAAAAAGAGUUUCCAAGUUUUUCAAGGCUGUACUUUUGGGGAAUAUUUUUCCUUGGAUGUUUCUAAAGAAAAAAAAGUGCUAUUUUAAACUCUUUGCUGCUGUCAGUAGUACAGAUGUAGUAGUUUUCCUCUACUCAUUCCAGAGACAAUACACUGAAGCAAUAUGUGCCAUAGUGAGAGGCAAAGUUACCCCUUGUCAGAGCAUAAACUUUAGAUGUUCUUCUGGGAUCCUUUUUUCUUCUGUUCUUUGAUAUCAGCAACAUAGGUCAUGGAAACAGAAAUUAUGUAUCAGGAAGCAGUCUGUAGAGAAUAUACAAAUUCUCACAAUUCCAACAAGUAAUAUCCAAGAGACCUUUGUUUCGGUUACCAGUUGUCCCUAAAAUCCAGAGUCCUCAACUGUGUGUGUAUUUUGGAAUUUUUCCCACAUUUCCUGCAAUGUCCAUGGCAAUCUGUAUAAUGUUGGGCUGAGCUCCAGGCUAGUUCUGUUGGUAGAGCUUAUAUCUCUCUGUAUAUUUAUAUGGCACUUCUAUUCUGGCAGCUUCUUAUGCAGAGGACUCUAGUAUGUGAUUCAAGCAUCCCCUAGAAAAUCCAGGAAAUUUUUUUAAAAAGGAUCUCCUCUAGGCUUUUUUAAAAAAUAGGCUUUUAUUUCAUAGGGUUUUCCUAUUUGUUGCUUAGCUGAUGAGCUUCGCGUCUGUUGCUCUUAGUAUUCCAGGUUCUGUUGCUAAAAAGAACAAAAUCUGGCAACCUGGAGGGAGGGAAUAGCUUGAGAUAGUUUCUGUUAUUCAGAAAUAGCUCUUGUUAAAGAAAAAAUUGGCAAUGCCUGUUUCAAGGAUAACACUAUGGUCAUUUCUCUUUAUCAAGCCAAAUGAGCUUUAUUAGAGUCUUUGCAAUGUGUAUAUAACAGCACAGCUAAAGUGGAAUUACACUUUCUGUAAAUUUCAUUCAUUUUCUGUCAAAAGAUUUAUCAAGCCAAAUGAGCUUUAUUAGAGUCUUUGCAAUGUGUGUAUGACAUUACAGCUAAAGUGGAAUUACACUUUCUGUAGGUUUCAUUCAUUUUCUGUCAAAAGAUUUGCUGCACUGGCAUCAUUCCUUUAUUCAUGAGAUAUGCCAAUCUGCAUGAAUAGUAAAUGAAAUGAAGCUACCAUGUCCAGUAGAAUGGCUAGAAGGCAUCAACCCGUAUCUUUUCUCCUUCCCCUGCUGAAGACUUAUCCUUUCAUUGGAAUCUUAGUUUAAUAUCAAGUGGGACUUCUUCAGACCAGACUUUUUUUAAUGAUAACGUGUUUUUGGAGUGGUUUAUUCUGUAUCACUGUCUCUGAACAUAUAGAGUGGCCCUCAGACAUUUACCAAGGAUACUCACAGUACCUUCUCACAACCCUAUUAACUGUGUCUUGAGUUUUAGUUCUGGUGGGUAGUUUUUGAGCCACAAUUAUAAACAUCAUCUGUUUCAGGGCUAGGCUGUCCUUUGAAUACUGCAAAGGAUAACAUGUGCAUGUCAUUUCCUGCUCCUAAAUCUGCUGUUCAAAUGAGACACCUUGUGUCAGAGUUUUAACAUGCACCUUCAUGCCUGUCAGGGAUUUAUUCCUCAACAGCUACUAUUUCCUCUGUACCUUUGUAGAAAAGUAGCAGUUGAUGCUUUAGUACGGUCACGGGCUGUUCUAAUCCAUUGCUUUGCUUCAGUACAGAUGACAACUGUGGUAUCCAAUGCUCAGGAUACAUACACACAUAUUCUCUCUCCUCCUCCCUAUCUGCAUAGUUUCAAAAAGGGGAAUCUAUCAGCACCCUCCACAUCAUUUCAAGCCUGGUCUAAAUGUUAUACUUACCCUGUGAACUUUUCUGUUGUGACAUGCCAUAUGUACAGGUUGAUAUGUACAGAUUACCACAAAUAUUUGGCAUAUUAGGUUGUUAGUUUACUACCUCAAGAAUUACAUUGUAAUUUGAUCAUUUUAGCCUCUGUGCGCAUAAUGCUCAGAGGAGACGAAGCCUUCAGUGACAAAUUUUCUACCCAACCAUUGCAUUAUGACUAAAAAAAAUAUGAAUGAGUGGAGACUGUAGCGCUUCCUCUCUGUCUGUGGGUCUCUCCAAAGCACUGGCAUCUAAUACAGCUUCUGGAUCUUCCUUAGGGAGUUAGCAGUGAUUCAUGGAAUAUGAAACAUUCAGAAUUUCACAUGAGAGGGCAGAGAUAGCAUGUGAUAAUGGGUUUUUUCAACAACAGAAUACUUAACAUGAGUAUGUGCUGUAAUCAUGUGCUUUGGCAAGUAUACCACAUCACGUUGCUAACGAGGAGUGGGCUAGUGUUAUGUUUGGACUGCACCUUAUUGAGAGGUCCACCAAUAGCAUUUGUUACAGGAAGACAGAACCAGCCAAGGUAUAAUUGGACAAAGAACAGGGAAAGGGAGAUUCCACUUGACCCAAAGCUCACCUAAUUUAAGUUUGUAUUUGCAUCUAUUUUGGCAACAGUCUCGUAAUAAAAAGUUCUAACUGCCAAUGGGAUGGGGAAAUAGCAAUUUCUCUUCUGUGAGGAUAGGUGUUGGUUUACAGCCUCUUGACUAUUUGCUUUUCUAAAGGAAACAUAGAAAAUGUUUUCCAGUUCAUUACACUCCCGGGCACAUUUAUCAGACCUUCACUAUUUCUCCCUCAUUAUAACUGAAGUGAAAAAACUUGUCAAGUAUAUCCAAAGCUAGACAUAAUGAAUAUUAACUUUAUCUUACUCUCUUCAGCCUACAACUUUUAUUCCUAUGGAACCCUGGUUAUCAAGCUAUUACCAGUAGUCUAUGGAACCCUGGUUAUCAAGCUAUUACCAGUAGUCUGCCCACUUCCCUUUUCCCCCUCCCUCCCUCUCCCCACCAUAUGCAGCUUUUGAAAUCAUGUAAGUGACACACAGGAAACUCUUGCACUCCAGGAAAACAGUUGCAGCAAUAUGUGCUCCUAAUUAAGUUGACUAUUUCUGUAAGUAAUGCUGAUUAAUAGCGAAAGCUGAAUACUGGCAAUUCAAGCCAGUAGCACACCUGGUUUGAUAGAGAUGGAUUAAUAAUUUCCUAUCAGCUGCUGAAACAGUUCUUGAAACAAAACCAUUCCUGCAGCCCUUCUAAAAAGGCAUUCCAUGUGUUGUAAGAAAUAAUAAAGCCAAAUCUCACCCCUGCCCCAAAGAUGGAACCAUGUGGCAAGCACUUACAGUGGCUUGUGAUUAGGAAACUCAUGUUCAGAAGCGCUUCAAUAACAAGUGCAGCAUUUGAGAUGGAUGUAGGAGAGGAUGAAAGGGGAGAUUAUCUCAGAAAGGGUUACUUACCUCCUCAAUCUUCAGAGCUUUGUGUAGAUUAUUAUUCUAUCAUGUUGUAGUCCAAUAGCUUAGGAGCUUCCAUUGAGGGAAAGGACAGUUGUACAGUUCUGUUAUGUACAUGAUGUAUGCAGUUUUUUUAAAAAACUCAAUGUUAAUGUUAAAAAAUUACAAUUUUAGGAAUGUUUUAGGGAAAACUUGUAAAUGAAGCACCUCUAUUUAUUUUGCCUUAUUUUAGUUUGCUACUUUUGUGUAUAUGUUACAUUGCAGCUAUGACUAUUGAGACUACACCAGGGCAUUAGAAGCAAGCUGGGUGCUAUGCUUGGUAAUUCUAGGCCAGGUUGGAUGAGGGGCGGGUAUUUCAUCUGGUUAGAUUGUUCUAUCAACGUGGUCAUGCUUCUCCUAAAGUACAGAAGGGCUUUAUUCUCUUUCCAUUCAUUUAUCCAGUGGAGGCCAACCCUUUUCCAAAGUAGAACACAAAUCAAGUCCAAAGUAUUGGUG